GUUGAUUUCAGUUCAUACGCAGAUUUCUAUUCGAAUGAAGUUGAACGACUCAAAGCAGAAAUUGAAUCAGGAUGUGAGGAUGCUGCACAGUUGAAACAACUUCAAGAUGAAUUGCAAUCAGCCGAAGAGAAUUCACAUCUGUACAGUACACACGCAAAACGCCUGAAUAGACUCAACGAGCAGUAUUCGGGUCAGCUGAGUGCGCAUAAAAAUGCAAAAUGACGCACGGUCGAGUAUAACCGUCUUAUAGGUGUUGAACUCAGAGGUAUUGAGCUGAGAUGUUGA